UCACAAAACACAAAAAUGAUAUCACCCAUCGUCAUUUCCCGGCUGAUUGAUAAGAAGAAAUCAAUGGAAAAUGGAGCCGUGUCGCCUGUGCCGCAAGCAAUCACUCAGCCUCAGCUGUGUCACACGAAGCCAACUUCGGCCAGGCACAGUGGAGUGAACAUGCACAGGCCAUUGGCUCCAGACAGAUUGGGAAUUCUGACUCCAUCAGAGGAACAAGGACUGGAAAGAGAACCACUGUCCACAGGGGACAACUUAGGCAGAGGCCCCCAGAGAGGUUUCUCCUCUAUCACCAUUACUGCCCGACGAGUGGGCCCUCCAGAUAACUCCUUGGUAUGGGACACUGUUAGGGAACCACAGUGUCCCAACUGCAGGGCCAAGGAUGCCCUUCUCCAAGGCCCCCCAGCUCUGGCCAGGGGUGCCCAUCUAUGUCAGCACAAUGGAUCCUUCACCUGUACAGAGUUCCCUAGCAAUGGCUCCAUAGAGGGGCUGAAGGUUCCCCAGGCUCAUACAAGGCUGUGUACAAGGCAGGAGUACUGGGUCACCCACAUGGAUGACAAAGAGGACAGUUGUUCUUCAGACAGUUCACCAUCAAAAAAAGUCCCAUUGGUGUUCGGUUCCUGUGUCCACCUCCGAGUGUCUCAGCAGUGUCCCAAUGCCAUUUACUAUUUGGACAAGUCUCUUUCUGUCCCUCUUGAGCAACCUCAAAUUGCUAGCCCCAAAAUGCACAGGUCUGUCCUGUCGCUCAGCCUCCGCUGUAGUUCCCACAGGUUAACAGCAGAUGGCGUAGACAGCACAGCUAAUGGCGAGCCAAUCAGCAGAGCCCUGCCACAGGAGCUCUUGGAGGGAAAGCAGGACCUCCUAAGUCCACAAUGGGGCCAGCCACAGGAAGGUUACUGGAAGGAGAACCCAGCAUUGAAGGUGCCAGUACAUUUGGGGAAUGGCACAUGCCCUCGGACUGGCUCCCCACCCCUGGAAAAUGUCAAAUUUGCAGAUGUGGGAAGGAACCAAGUCCCUGUAAGAAAGGAGAAAGAAAACCGUGCAACAUGUCCCACUAGCAGCCAUGCCAACCAACUCUCUAUCCAUAUUCCUGGCUGGAGUUACAGGGCAGGGCCAGACAGACUCUCCCAGGUGGGCUUCCCCAAGACCCUUUGGCUUUCAGGAGAGGAAGUGGGUCUGUCUUGGAGGGAGGGAAGCAGCACAGAUUUCUCUGUCUCUUAAUAAACUUCUAUUGUCAGUUGUACUUUCUGUGAGUGACUGCUUUAUGAGUCAUGGACUUUCCACUUGGGAAAAAUAUUUCAAAGAAAUAAUAGUAAAACUGAAAGUGAAGCAUAUGCAUAAUAAUUUUAUAGUAUGAAUUUUUGCCCAUUAAGGGUUUAUUAAUUAAUAAAAAUGACCGUGAAACACUUAAAACUAUAAUGCAUGUGGAAAUGUUAA